AUGUACAGUUAUAGAUUGCUGGCUGUCGUGGGCGUGUAUUGGUUGCUGCAGCUCAGUUCCUGUGACAUAGACUGUCGGACCUCAUGCCGGAGGUGCAGAGAGAACACGGAGGACCCUGAGCUGGUGGAGGUGUACUGCGCCAUGUGUGAGGAGUGUAAGGAGCGGAGACGGGAGUGGGUCGAGGGAGGACCCACCAUACAAAUAAAGAAAGAGGGACAGGUUGAGAGCGACAACGAGCAGCAGGAACAACAGGAAACACGGACCACUCAAGAUGACUGCCUCCCGUUGUGUGAGGACGAGUGUGAGACUACUCCCGUGAAGUUAACGGGCGAGCCGGAGACCACGACCACAACCACCACGACCACGACCACGACCCGCCGGCCCUGCGUCACGAGGCCCCGCUGCCCCAAGCCCUGCCUCAUGCCCAUGAUACCCUUCAUGCCCAUGUGUUCAAUGUGCAACAUGAACCAAAUGGCCGCCCCUCAUCAUCAGAACAUCGACCAGCCGAGCACGGGCUCCGUGUACUUAUAUUUGGGUAUACCAAAGAAUCUUACUAAUGAAAUAAAGUUGGACCACAAUUGA